AAUUAUGAUUCUGCUGGAGUCUCUCAGCUGAGAAAUAGUUUUUAGCUACAGUAGAGAGUCUCAUGUUGCAAAAGGCAGGCAGCAGAAAUGGAAUACUUAUAUAUCCAGCUGUUAUCAAGAGAAACAAAGGAUUCAAGUAGCAAAGCAGGUCCCGACAACUGAGCUUACUACAACCUGUUUUUUGAAGGAUAUCACAUCUGAAAGGUACUAAAGGAGCCAUCCUCCUCAUAUCAGUGACUAAAAGGAUAAGGAUCGUCAUUUGGAAAGAACCACCAAUCUCAAUUAAGUAGAUCCACCAUUCACUGCCAAGGUAGAAGGAGGUCAAUGACCUAGGAGCAACGGUCCAACUUGAGAUUGAAUUUUCAUUAUGGUAUUCCUGAACACCCAGGGCACUGCACUAUAAUGCACAAAUGGAUACUGACAUGGAUCCUGCCAACUCUGCUCUACACAUCAUGCUUUCACAUUAUCUGUCUAGUGGGCACCAUAGCUUUCGCUUGCAAUGACAUGACUCCAGAGCAAAUGGCUACAAAUGUGAACUGCUCCAGCCCUGAGCGACACACUAGAAGCUAUGAUUACAUGGAAGGAGGGGAUGUAAGAGUGAGAAGACUUUUCUGUCGAACACAGUGGUAUCUGAGGAUUGAUAAACGAGGAAAAGUAAAAGGGACACAAGACAAACAAACUAAUUAUAAUAUUAUGGAGAUCAGAACAGUGGCAGUUGGAAUAGUGGCAAUCAAAGGGGUGGAAAGUGAAUACUUUCUAGCAAUGGAUAAAGAAGGAAAACUCUAUGCAAAGAAAGUCUGCAACGAAGAUUGUAACUUCAGAGAAUUCAUUCAAGAAAACCAUUACAACACAUAUGCUUCAGCAAAAUGGACACACAGUGGAAGAGAAAUGUUUGUUGCAAUAAAUCAGAAAGGGUCCCCUGUGAAGGGCAAAAAGACGAAGAAAGAACAGAAAACAGCCCACUUUCUUCCUAUAGCAAUCACCUAACACUAUACAGGAUGUAAGGAACCAGUUCCAGCAGGAAGAUUUCUUUAAGUAGACUUGUAAAAAGUAACUAAGAAAGGCUGGAAAACUACUGAAAAAAAACAAAAACAAAAACUGAACAAGCUGGACUUGCACGUUUAUGUUUAUUUUAAGAGACUGCAUUAAAAGAAAGAUUUGAAAUUAUACACAAAAUCAGAUUUAGUAACUAAAAGUUGUAAAAAAUUUUAAACGAAGUUGUACAAUCAUGAUGUUAGUAAGAGUAACAUUUCUUUCUUAAGUUAAUUUACCCUUAAGAGUAAGUUGCGACUUGAUUGUCUGAUGAUUGUUAUUUAAAAAAUCUCUAUCUGCUUAUUAAAAAUGGCUGCUAUAAUAAUUAAAAAAGCAGAGGGUGUUAUGUAAAAUAUGUUGGACUUAGAGGCUGCUGGAAUGAUUUGUCAGAUCAUCAAGUCAAUGCUACCUGUGGAAGUUG